AUGGCCCCGAUGAAGUUCGCCCCCAUCGCAAUCUUUUUGGCUGCCUUUGUGGUCAUCCUGGCGUUCAACACUAGCGAAGCCAAUCCUCAGAUUGACCUCCUCGGCGGAUACGACCUGAUUGGCGUUUGCAUCACCAACUGCGCCCAGUGCAAGAAGAUGUUCGGCGAGUUCUUUGAGGGUCACCUGUGCGCCGAGGCCUGCAUCCAGUUCAAGGGCAAGAUGGUGCCGGACUGCGAGGACAUCAACUCGAUUGCGCCCUUCCUGAACAAGUUGAACUAAACU